AGGCAGCUGGGCUGCAGACGGAGCCUCUGCUGCCCGCUUUGGCCGUCACUCACACUCUUCUCACGGCCGAGGAAACGACAGCCUGCCAAGAUGUGCAAAGGAUUAGCAGCGCUGCCCCACACUUGCCUGGAGAGGGCCAAGGAGAUCAAGACAAAGCUGGGCACACUGCUCCAGAAGCCUGACUCGACCAUCGACUUAAUCAUCCCCUACCCCGAGAAGCCGGAGAAGCCACCCAAGGCCCAGAAGCCAUCUCCAGAGGAGGCUCUGCAGUGGCGUGAUUCCUUGGAGAAGCUCCUGCAAAACCCCUAUGGGCUCGCCAGCUUCUGCAGCUUCCUGCGCUCCGAGUUCAGCGAGGAAAACGCCGAGUUCUGGGUGGCCUGCGAGGACUACAAGAAAACCAAGUCCCCCGUGAAGAUGGCAGAGAAGGCCAAAAAGAUCUAUGAGGAGUUCAUCCAGACUGAGGCACCCAAAGAGGUGAACAUCGACCACUUCACCAAGGCUGUGACCAUGAAGAACCUGGUGGAGCCAUCACCAACCAGCUUUGACAUGGCCCAGAAGAGGAUCUUUGCCCUGAUGGAAAAAGACUCCCUGCCCAGAUUUGUGCGGUCAGAGUUUUAUCAUGAGUUAAUCAAGUAGCAAUGCAGCAAGGGCUGCACGAAGCAUCCCCACUGCUUCUGUCUAAACACCCGCCCCUUCUCCUGCAGCCGCUUUGCUUUCUUGUUACCGCCCCAGAAUAGCACCCAGGGGUGUUGCUAAACACCUCCCCCCAUGCUUUGGACUGUCAGUUGUCCUGGUGUUUCCUCUCUUAGCAUCUCAUUCCUCUCCCACAAAAGACCAAUUUGCAGAAACUCCCUGGAAUUGGGACCCAGAAGGGUGAGGGAGCAGCCCCAGCUCUGCAGUGACCAGGAGCCACAGGGCCAGCUGACACAUCCCUGGUGCUGUGGAGCUUGGCAUUAGCUGGAGGCUCUGAGGUGCUGACUUUGCCUUCUUAGGACUCCUUAGAACAUGAUCAUUUUUCUCCCAGUGUUGCCCAUGUUGCUGGUUUGCCCCAGGCUCGCUCCCAGUUUCCCGGGGUGCAGCUGCUGAGACUGCUCAGCCGUCCUGCAGGUGCUCCCCUCCCUGGCCAAGGCGAGCUGACACACACCCACUGCCUGAUUGGCAUCACCUUCCUGAGGGAAGCAGCAGGCACCACGACAGCCGCCCAGGGUGGAGGGCACGGCAGGGGCAGCAGUGACACGUACAGCAAGGGUGGCACUGUGACAAGGAUGGCAGGGACCGCUGUACGGCAGGGCCGGGUGCUGCAGGGCACGCCUGGCUGGCACCAGGGGUGAGCAGGGCGAGCCUGGGGCAUUGCUUCCCCAGCAGCUCCACUCGGAGCCAGCCUGCUUGCUUCACUCUGAACAGAAAAACAAGAAGCUAAAACUGUUGGUCCAAAACACCGGGACUGUUUAGCAACCCAGAACUGCUCUCUCCAGCCUUUGCACGAUGCCCUGAGCUCGCAGGGCACAUCCUCUGCCACAUCCCAGUGCACAGCUCUCCUGGUGUGCUGGGAUGGCAGCUCCAGGGGCUGCUGCAGGGCUCUCUUGUCUCAGUUGCUCCUCUCUGCAGUAGGCAUGCCAAAGCAAUACUUCUGCACAAACCCAACACAGGGCAUCAAGCACAGGAGGAAGGGAAGCCGUGCUGGGGGGAAAAAAAGCUGAAAUUCCAGCUGUUCGGAUCCAAGUUGAAAAAUCCAAACCAAACACAAAAAAACCAAAUCUGGAAACUCAAACCCAUCACUGGAAACAUGAAAAAUAACCCCCUGGCUUCUAGAACAGAGUGCAGACCCUGCUGAGUUUGUAUAGCCUGCAUCACUCUCUCCUGUAUCCUUCUAUCUGCCUAAGCCAUAUGUUUCCAUAGGCUGUCUCUAAAAAGGACCAGCUGCCUUCUAAUGGUUCAAAGCCAGCCCUCUGCUCACAGAAUAAAUCACACCUGAGGAUGGGGCAAGGGCAUACAUGAAAAACAGCCCCCAGGAUCUCAUUUCAGCCCCGAGGGAAAUGUGAUAAACCCCUGAUCCAUGGGGCCUGGAUGGUUCAUCCCUGUGUUGGUUUCCUGGUGCAUCAUCCACAGGGUCAUGGCUUGCAAAGAGCUGCUUCAGCCAGCAAUCUGGCAGAUGCCAGCAAAACAUCCAUGGCCCUGCUGCCCACUGGCAUCCCAGACCAGUCCCCUUCCCCAGGCUCAGCCUCGCUGCAAGUCAUGGGACUCCACGCAAAAUGCAAUAACAUAAACAACGGAUUUUCCAGCCUCUUCAAGACUUGCAAAAUCUGAUCAAAACCCCACCAGCCCCAAAUAUUUACACGUUGUCACUAUAGCAAUGAAGAAAAAUACAUCCCGAGCUGCAGGAAAUGGGCUGUGUUUUCCAGGCGGGAGUGGGGAGGCAGGGGAAGGAUGGAGGCAGUCACAAACGUGACUCUUUUUUUAAGCUGUGGAGCAAAAGGCCUGGGAAAGUCAGUGCUGGAGCAGCAGGGGUGAUGCUCAGAGGCAUUCCCCCGGGGAGAAUGCAGAGGGUGGUGGCUUGGGUGAUGCUGAAGAGCCCAAGGGAGCCCAUGAGCAGCAGGAGGGUCCCAUGGAAAGGGCACAGGACCCCCCGGCAGUGUCUACCAUUCAGGUGGGCAAAAAAGGGGAGGCAGAAGCAGGGCUGGGUGCAGGAUGGGGGCUUCGCCAGCCCCUCUGCAGCAGGGUGCUCCCCUCACCUCUGCCUGCACACGCUCCCUGCACGCUCCCAACAUCUCCAUGAACUGGUGUCAGUAGAAGCGGGGUCAGCACGUUCAAGCUCCUCAUUUAGAGCGUGACUCAGAAAUGCAACACCAAACGACCUUCCCUGAAGAAAGACCUGGAUCUUUCAUUUCUACUUAAUUUUUCGGUGGCUAUUUCCAGAUUCCCUCACACGUUUCACAGUUAAAUGCCACCGCCACCAAUGCCAUAGUGUUGGGAUGCUGCUGGAGGCUCUUGCUACGCACCAUCAAACCCUGGAACGUCACUGCUGCGGCAGCGGCAUGUGGGGCAGGGAGACGGUGUCUAGGUAUGUAUGUGCUGAAAAGAAAGGUGCAGGCUGGAGUCAGGAGAGAGGAAACAGCUCUGUUGGCAAUCCCUCCCUGGCUCAAUUUCUGCUAAAAUGCUUGAAGUCUACUUUGAGGGCUGCCAGUGAUCUACCAUGUGGCCAGAAAAUGUGGCCACUGAAGCCUUUUGGAGCUCUAGGGAAGUUGUGUUUGUGUAGAAAGGUCGUUUGGCUAAUUGCUCGGGCAGGCUUGCCCAGAAAGGUGUCAACACCUGUACCAACCCCACGGCCCAGCUUUCCACAGGCCCAGAAGUAUUUACUAUUGGGCUGAUGCCAACCGUCAUAUUUCUGGUAGGAGAUAUUUCAUGUAUUUUAUCACUAUAUACAGCAGUACAUAAACACAACAUGUACAUCUAUAUUCCUGUAUUCAUGUAUACAUGUACACACACAUAUAUUCCUGUAUCAUGGGCAUCUCGACUCCCCUGAGAGUCAGAGAGCUGAAAAGCAGGGUUUCUGGAUGUGUGCUUGGGGUCCAUCACAGAGAGGAGUGUGAGUGACCAGACCAUCUCGAGGGAAACCUUGGCGAUCCAGCUGAGCAAACACAAAGGCAUCCUCCAGGACCACCAUGUGCCUGUGGCAUCUGUGUGCCAUCCUGGCACCUGGGCUCGUGCAGGAGGCAGGUCUUGUGCUCCCCAAGGGACCCCUAUCCCUGCUGUGGGGCAAGGCAACCCCACGCUGCAGCCAGGGGCAUGGGGCACCGGGCACUGCCUCCACACCACCCUGGCGCCCGCUUCUUGCCACAGGCACACAUGGAAAAGGGCUCCCUGCAGCUGCAUUCCUCAGAGGAACACCAGGAGAUGGUUUGAUGUGUGUUUUAUGGUGACUUCAGCGACCUGGAGCCUUGCACCUCAUCAAUCACAGGACGAACCGCCCAGGUCUUGCCCUGCAUGCUGAGACUGGGAUCUGCCAGGGCGACCCAGUCCCAGACUUGGGCACUGCCAAAGCCCAGUGGCUGAGGGUGUCCUUGCGCUCAUCCAGGCUCCCCUCAGGCCUUGGUCACUCCCUGGAGGGUGCUGCACGCUGUGGCCAAGGGCUGGGGCAAAGGCAGGCGGGCACAUCAGCUCCUCACACCCGGGAGCUGCAGGUUUUCAGUCUGGAGUUUUCCAUGGGAUUUCAACUGGAGAUGUUCAUGUGGAGAAGAUGUGAAGUGCUGGUGUGCAGUGAGGAGUUGUGUUAACCCAUAUUCAUGUACCACUCAGUAAUCCACACAUAAACAUGUAUUUCUGCUACUGUC